AUGAACUCCGCUCCUCGUCGCCGCCCCGGCAUCUCGAAGACGCCUUCGGCGCAACCUUCCACCCAUCUCCCUCCUCUUACCUCCACACUCGUCGACCGCGCGGGUCAGAACCUCGCUGCUGCGCUUGCCUCCCGCAAAAUCACUGCGAGGAAGAAGGCUGCGGAGCCAAAACCCUACGAGCUUGCGCCCCGCGCGCCGACGCCAUCGCCUUCCAGAGGCAGCGACUGGUACCUGCUGAUGAGCGCCAGGGUUGCGGCCAACAAAGCUGCUUUGUCCGCGAGACCACGCCGUUAUAUCAAGAUGAACGUUCGUGCGCAGUCUGGCCUUGCAGCAGGUAAUGUCAUGAACGACUUCCUUACUACACCCAAACAUUAUCAUCCCAACAUCCUCAUCCUCUAUCAUACUUAA